AUGGAGCACAUCCUCAACGCCACACUGGCGGGAGGAGUGGUCAUCGGGGCAACUGCUGGCAUCAUCUACCACCCCGGAGGAUCCCUCGCCAUCGGAUUCUCACCGAUAGGACUGUAUGAUACUUGCGGAGUGCAUAACCUCCACGCCAUGCCUGGCCUGAUCGGUGGACUCGUCAGCGCUGUGGUCGCCGCCUCUUUCGCAUACGGUUCUGCGACUGACGCCUAUCCAAUCACUGCUACUGACUUCCCAGCGUUAUCUGCUCUGGUAAGUGCACCGUACAAGCAGGGCGGCCUGCAGGUGGCUGCUACUUUCACCUCCAUCGGUAUCGGCAUCGCUACUGCUCUCAUCGGUGGUAUUUUCCUGCGCUUCGUGUACAGUUUCAACGUAAGGGAAUUCUUCACGGACGCUGUGUACUUCGAGGAGGCCGAGGAGUUCAUUGAGGAACUGGCCCUUCAUAACAAGACUUCAUCCCUCGAGUAUGCCAAGGUGAACGAUAAGACUCAGGGAGCAGAACUCAACAUGAGCAAUACUCAGGAAUUCUUGAAGCCGACCAUAUGA